UGGCACCUCUUUUGGUGAGGGGGCUCGGCUGGCACUGGAUACCUGUCAGUAAGGGGGCACAGCUGGCACUGGAUACCUGUCAGUAAGGGGGCUCAGCUGGCACUGGAUACCUGGCACCUUUGAGGGGGCUCGGCUGGCACUGGAUACUUGGCACCUCUGGUGAGGGGGCUCGGCUGGCACUGGAUACCUGUCAGUAAGGGGGCACAGUUGGCACUGGAUACUUGGCACCUCUGGCGAGGGGGCACAGCUGGCACUGGAUACCUGUCAGUAAGGGGGCACAGCUGCCACUGGAUACCUGUCAGUGAGGGGCACAGCUGGCACCUCUGGUGAGGGGGCAGAGCGUGCACAUUGUACUUGUUCCCCUCACCUGCCAGGAUUUGUGGGCACUCUUUCCUUGUACUGGCAUCGGGUGCCCGGGGUGACACGUGGCAGGUCUUCGCUGACAGUCCCUCAAUGAAUUGUACGUUUGGCAUCACCUGAUACCCGCUCUUCACGGCCGCUGCAGACAUGACCACCCCAGCUCUGCUCCCCCUGUCUGGGCGCAGGAUCCCCCCCCUCAGCCUGGGCGCCUCGUCCAUCCCCCACCACCGCGCCACCCUGAGGCUCUCGGAGAAGUUCAUCCUGCUCCUCAUCCUCAGUGCCUUCAUCACGCUCUGCUUCGGCGCCUUCUUCUUCCUGCCGGACUCCUCCAAGCACAAGCGAUUCGACCUGGGCCUGGAGGACGUGCUCAUCCCCCACAUCGACUCCGACAAGGGCGACAAGAACUCGGGCGGCUUCCUGAUCCACGGCCUGGGCCACGACGAGCACCGCCACAGGGAAGAGGAGGAGCAGCUGAGGAACAAGAUCCGAGCCGACCAUGAGCGGGCCCUGGAGGAAGCCAAGGAGAAGCUCAAGAAGUCCCGAGACGAGAUCCGGGCCGAGAUCCAGACGGAGAAGAGCAAGCUGCUGGAAGACCUGAAGAAGAAGGAGAACCCGCCCGUGCCGCUGGCCCCGGUGCCCAACCUGCCCGAGCUGAAGAGUGGCGACCCCGGGGACCCCGACAUCCGAGAGAAACGGGACAAGAUCAAGGAGAUGAUGAAGCACGCCUGGGACAAUUACCGCCAGUACGGUUGGGGCCACAACGAGCUGAAGCCGAUCGCCCGGAAGGGCCACUCCACUAAUAUUUUCGGGAACUCACAGAUGGGAGCCACCAUCGUGGACGCUCUGGACACCCUGUACAUCAUGGGGCUCCUGGAUGAAUUCCGUGACGGACAGGAGUGGGUGACCAAUAAUCUGGACUUCGGCGUGAAUUCCGAGGUGUCCGUAUUCGAGGUGAAUAUCCGUUUCAUCGGUGGUCUGCUGGCGGCAUACUACCUGUCCGGACAAGAGGUAUUUAAGAACAAGGCGGUGCUGCUGGCGGAGAAGCUGCUCCCGGCAUUUAACACCCCGACGGGCAUCCCCUGGGCAAUGGUGAACCUCAAGAGUGGCGUUGGCAGGAACUGGGGCUGGGCAUCGGCUGGCAGUAGCAUCCUGGCAGAAUUUGGCACCCUUCACCUGGAGUUUGUGCACUUGACCUACCUGACGGGCAAUCCUGUGUACUAUAAUAAGGUUAUGCACAUCAGAAAACUUCUGCAGAAAAUGGAUCGUCCCAAUGGACUUUACCCAAAUUAUCUGAAUCCCAGGACAGGGCGUUGGGGGCAACACCACACGUCGGUGGGAGGUUUAGGAGACAGUUUUUACGAGUAUCUCCUGAAGGCCUGGCUGGUGUCAGACCGGACUGACAUCGAGGCUCGGAACAUGUAUGACAACGCCAUAGAAGCCAUCGAGAAGCAUCUUAUCCGCAAGUCCAACGGGGGCCUCACCUUCAUUGGUGAGUGGAAGAACGGGCACCUGGAACGGAAAAUGGGUCACCUGACCUGUUUUGCGGGUGGCAUGCUGGCACUAGGAGCCGAUGGAUCUCCGGGGGAUAAAGCUGGACACUACCUUCAGCUGGGCGCAGAGAUUGCUCACACGUGUCACGAGUCCUAUGACCGGACAGUGCUGAAGUUGGGUCCUGAAGCGUUUAAAUUUGACGGGGGCGCGGAAGCGUUAGCCGUACGUCAGAACGAGAAAUACUACAUCCUGAGACCAGAGGUGAUCGAGACGUACUGGUACAUGUGGCGCUUCACCCACGACCCCAAAUACCGCAACUGGGGCUGGGAAGCUGCUCAGGCCAUUGAUAAGUACUGCAGGGUGAGCGGUGGCUUCUCUGGUCUGAAGGACGUGUACUCCUCCGCCCCCGCGUACGACGACGUCCAGCAGAGCUUCUUCCUCGCUGAGACCCUGAAGUACCUGUAUCUGCUCUUCUCCAGUGACGACCUUCUACCAUUAGACAACUGGGUGUUCAACACGGAGGCGCACCCCUUACCGGUCAUCCGCACGGCCAAUAGCACGCUGCCCGGGAGCCACGUGGCGCGAUAGGACCAAUAUCCUGGGACCACAUAAUUCAGACUGGGGAUCUGGGGGGCUUUUUGGGAAGACCCCCUCUCUCGACAGGACUGGGCCUCGUCCCGGGCACUAUUCCAUUUCCCUUCAUUUCUUUUUUUCUCUGUUGCCUCCAGCGACAGAACAGCACGUUGGAUGGAGGCGAUCACCGACCAAACUGCGCUGCUUACAAGGCUGCUACUGCAGGGGUUACUACGGGGCCAAAACUCCAGGGUUGGGGCUUUUAUGGGGGGGGGGGGGGGGGGGCGGGGGUCCGGAGAUUGUUUCAGGAAAAGACAUUUCGGCUGCACUUUGCGGCAGACUUGCACUGACUGGUUUUUAUCCUGCACCAUUGCCAAAGCUUACCUCUAUCCUGGCGGCCAUGGAGUAGAGCACGCCGCGGCGCUCCAAAACUAAGGACGGGUCUUCAUGGCAAAGCCAGUGAUGGGUGAAGCUGUCCCGCCCCACACCCCAGGGGCUCCCACCUCCUCCUUUAAUUACACUUUUCUGGGGUUUUAGCGGCAUGAGCAACACAACAAGCAGGAGAUUAAAGACAUUGUACAUAC